AGCUAGCUCAGUAAUUCUAAGAUUACAUGGCCCCUGAGCUAAGAUUAAAAUCAACGGCCAGACUUGCUCAGUGCCUUGUGUAAAGUUAGUGUUUAGUAAAUACUUUUUGAUUGAUUUGAUGCAGGAUGUCAUCCCAGAACCAGUCCAGUGUUCUUCAUAAAUUCAAGGGGAUUCUCUUUUCUGCUAUGUCUUCAGAAGAGCUUCUAAAUUCCUUGGAUUCCUUCAAUGCAAGAGAAGAUGAUGUGUUUCUGGUUUCCUAUCCAAAAUCUGGUACUCACUGGAUUGCAGAAGUCAUCGAGAACAUUCCGAAUGCUAGGAUUACUCUAACAUCUCCUAUCGAAUUGGGAGACAUGUCUAAAUUUGAAGAGCUGAAAAUGUACUGUAAGAGAAGAGUUAUUCCAACACAUUUGAGCUACAACAUGCUACCAACUGAUAUUAUACAAAAACAAUGCAAGAUUAUCUACAUCAUUAGGAAUCCGAAAGACACAGCUGUUUCUCUAUUUCACUACUACAGAGAGAACCCUAACCUUCCCGGCAUCGAAACCUGGGCUGCAUUUUUAGAGCUGUUCCUGAGAGGAGACGUUGUAUAUGGAUCCUGGUUUGAUCACGUUUUAAGUUUGGAAGAGCACAAAAAUGAUAAAAACAUUCUAAUUAUAUUCUAUGAAGAAAUGAAGAAAGAUAUUUCUAAAAGCAUAAAGAAAAUAACUACUUUCCUCGGUAUAAAUGUGAGUGAUGGUGAAAUUAAUAAGAUUGCAUGGAAAACAUCAUUCAGUGAAAUGAAAAAUAAUGCAACCAAAGAAAACCGGGAUCCAGAUCACACCAUCUGUGCCCUCACGUCUGAUCGGAACCUGGUAUUUAGGAAAGGAGUGGUGGGUGAUUGGAUAAACUACUUUACUUCAAAGCAGAAGAGAGUAUUUGAUGAACUAUUCACAGAGAAAAUGAGACACAGUGAACUAGCAAGACAUGUGGAAGAUUGCGCUUAAUAUAAAUGGGAAAUGAAACCACUUUCCAUUUUAUGAGAUACAGUGUUUGGGGAUACAUAAAUAUUUUUCAUUAAUGUGGAAAGCAGAUAUUUCUUUCAGUGAGAAAUGGACACUUUAUGAACAUGUCAAAAGUGUCAUGUAUGAGAGACCAUUAUUAUCAUAUUUGGUGAUAGCAGAGAAUUAUUAAUAAAAGGAAGUAUACAACUUUUGAAUGGCUGAAUUAUAUAUCUGGCUUCAGGAUAUUCAUAAGGCAAGGAGAUUACUUCUAUUCAGAGAGUGCAUAUUACUGUGGAUGUUCUAUAAGCUGCACUAACGCACAAUAAAAGAGGUGAGGGAUUAUCUAAAAUAACAAAUGUCUGAGAAGAAACUAUUUUCUGACUAUUUAGACCAUCAUGACCUCUAAACAGUUUUAUUUCUCCAAUGUCAUACAAUGACAAACAUAAUCUUACCAAAGUAGAAAUACCUAAUAGGUAUGUUCUAUCAAAUGAUCCCAUUCUGGCAUAUUGGUGCGAAUGAAAAAGGAAAAAAUACUUUUUCACAUCAAAUUAAUACUGGCUUGACAUUCCAGUAUGUUCUUUAUCUUUAAUAAAGUCAAAUUACAAAACUUCUUACUUUCCAGUUUUGAAAAGCAUAAUUCUCCUUGGAGUGUUUAUGAUUUUUUUACAGUAUUUUGAAUAUGCGUGCUUUCUUCCAGAAGCAUUUCUAGUGUUAAUCCAAUCUCUGUAAUGCUGUCUCUCCUGUAAUGAAUAUUAUUCUGUAGUUUUAGCUUAGAGGGCAUUGUAAUGAAAUUUCAGUGAACUUAUUUUAGGAUUCUUACCUAAGUGACAAUAGAUGAGUUAUGAACAUCUAUGUCAUAUUGUUUACAUCUGUGCUAUAAUAUCUAACUCAAGGCUUAAUGGAAAAUUAAAAUUGUAUAUUGUAUAUGACCCUGAACUAUGAGGCUAAAGCAAUGGGUUGAGUUAGUUCAUGCAGCCAAACACUUUGAUUUUGUACCUCAAUACAUUGCGAAUCUUAUUUUUAGUAACAAAUCUGUUAGAGUCUUUGGUAUCAAGUUUAUCUCAAUUCAGUAAGUUGUAGAUCUUCUUAAAUCUUCUAUAUAUACAUAUUUGUUAUGAAUAAAACAUAUUCCUGUUGACUUCAUGCCAUUCAGAUUUAUUUUUUUCCAAAUUAACAUUCACAGAGAUUUUCUUAGACAUCUCCCUUCUCCAAAUAAAUGAGCUUAGUGGAUGAGAAAGGCAAUCAGGUGCAAUCUUGGUCAAGUACCUGUCUUCAUGUUGGAGCUGAAAUCACACUUCACUUUCCCUGGUGUUCAUGUGCAGAGAAUGACAAAGGCAUUCAUGAGUAAGGCGCAGGGGAUCUGAUGAGAGUGGCAAGUGAAGAGAACAAUGACUGUAGUGUUAAAGGCAUCAAAUCCUAUGAGGAUCUGUCUUCUCACAAUAUUAAAAUGAUCAUUGAGAUUGAAAGAACUGAAAUAGGAUCUUAUGUGAUGACACGAUAGUACUUUAGAUCUGUAA